AUUUGCCUGUCCGUCCCCUGUCUGAGUGUCUGUCGGUCUAUACUACCCGUUGCUUCUCCUUCCACUGUCUGCCUGUCGUGCUUUCGUCUGUCCUACCGUCCGUCCGUCCGUCCGUCUGUCCGUCCGUCCGUCCCACGGUCACGGUCCGGUCCGGUCUCGGUCACGGUCCGGUCCGGUAUCCCCACCCGUCCGGACCGGACCCGGUUCCCGGUACUAACAUCUCCAGCGGGCCCGUCCAAAGUAUGUACAGCCGGGCCGGCCGGUUCGCGGAGCAGUGACGAACUUCAGCUCUCUCUCCGGGCCAGUGAGUCAGCCCGGCGCCCGGCGCGAACGGCUACUUAGCGGCGGGAGCGCGCGGGCGGCGCCUCAGUCGCGAACGGGACGCUGACGGGAGAGGUCGUGACGGUGCUGAGUAUAUCAAGAUGAAGCUGUCUGGUUGUCUGCUGCUGGCCGUGGCCGCUGCCUGCGUGGUCACGGUUCAUCCGCUGCCCACCGAGCCGCUGGAACAGCCGGCCGCUGCCAGCCCUUCCACGGACGAAAACGUGCUGCCUUCCAGCUCCGGCUGGGGUCUCGCCUCACUGGACGCCUUGGCGCAGCGGAUCAACUCGUGGAUGGCGCCCGUGGUGCGGGCCAUUGACGACAUCGUGAGGAACAAGACCGUCACCGAGGUGUACCUGGACGCGCGGAACGCCACCGUCGAGGUGGCCACCCGCGUCAGCGAGUCAGAGGCCGUUCAGGGAGCCAAGGAGGCCAUCUCGCCGCUGACCCAGCUGUUCGACCAGGUGCACGACCAGGUCAAGGACAAGACUCUGCACCAGCUGGCCGGCGAUGUGCAGCGUCAGAUCCAGCAGCUCGACCAGAGCGUAGCCCAGUUCAUCCGCGGCCUGGGCGACGACCGCGACGACCAGCAGAUUGUCGACCAGAUCGCCGUCGAGGUGUCGCAGGCGACGGACGACGUGGACCCGGAGCAGGCGGUGGUGGCGGCGGCGACCGCGAUCGAGCAGGCCUCGGUCGAGGAGAAUGAGCUGGAGCCCUGAGCGGGGUGGGGGCACGGCACCGGCGGCCGAGGGAGGACGAGAGGCUGAUGGCUGUUUUAGAUGUGGGUGUUAGCGGGUAGGGGCGGGAGGGAUUGGUCUCUAAAUGAGUUUGGGAAGUGUACGGACCAGCUGAUGUGUUUUGAUUGCUGGACUGUCCGGUUGGUGAGACAUAACCUCCUUUCAAGAUGUGUGAACGAGCGCGAUGUUUGUCUUUGGACACCGUACCGAGGUGCGGACAGAACAGAUAGACAACAUGGAGCCGUGGGCCCACCGGAGAAUCGCACGGCGAGACUACCUGAAAAGCAUUAAAAAACAAUCCAGCCAGUGUUUUACAAAUCUGACCGCUCAUUGAAAUGUGCCUUGUAGGCCACAGUGGCCGAUGAUCUGAAGUUCAUUAACUUAUGCGUGAUCAAUGAAGCAUUCAUUUGUCGUAGUAGGUAUUGUAGAAUAUGUAGUAGACCCAUUUUGUAGAAUGAAUUGGCUUGUGCGGAGUUUCUAUAGAGAAUUGAGCAUAUCACAGUAGAUGUUACGUGACGUCCUGGUUUUAGACCAAUACAAAUAAAACCAAUACACACGAUUUCUUUACCUC